AUGCCACUUAAUGAUCCUGGAGGACAGCUGUGGUGCCGGGUGACAGAGCGGACAGGUCAGCAGCAGUCCAGCAAGAACAAGCACGUAGGCAUCCGAGCCGCCGCCCCCUCCCAGGAGCCGGGUGUAGGCACGGCCUUGGCAGGGGUCCCGGCCCGCGCCCCUUCCCCCGGGAGCCCGGCGGCCCGGCCUCGCUCACCUGAGAGCCCACCACCAUCCCUCGGCCCGCAGACGCCGCCCAGAGAGCGGGCGACCCUGAGCGGGUCUGCGGCCCGGGCGGCAAAGGCCCCUGACUCAGGACUGCGACUCGGGCCGGCCGGCUGCGCGCUCCCCAGGGCCAACGACCGCCGCGGAGCCGCGGGGCUGGGGGUGGGGAAGGGGAACGAGAGCCGCGCCCGGGACCCCCGCGCCCCGCCCCACGCCGGGAAUCCCGCAACCCGAUGCCGCGCCAGGGAUUCCCCCGCGCCCCGACUCCAACCCAGGGUCGCCCCGCCCAGUCCUCGAGCCCCGCCCAAGGCCUCCGCGCCCCCGCCCAGGGGUCACUCCGUUCUGAGGACCCCUGGGACCCGAGCCCCCGCCCCGCACCUCCUCCAGGACUGCCGCCCCGCACCCCGCACCCCUCCCGGAGGUCUCCUCCCUCCCGCACCCCCGCCCGGGGUCACUGAGCCCCGCGCCCCCACCUCGGGGCGCCGCCUGCUCCCCAGCCCCGCGGGCUUCGGCGGCCGCUCCCCGGCAACCGGCGGGCAGGGCGGCCCUGGCCCCGGCGCCCGCAGCGGCCACUGGCGGCCGGAGGACCCAGGGGCGCCAAGCGAGGCGGGAGGGCGCCCUCUGGUGGGCGCCAGGAGCACCGCGGCUCCCUUCCCCGCGUCCGCCCCGCUCCCCGGUCCCCCUGCCCGUCUUCCCCGCGCCCGGAAGCCCCUGCUCUCCUCUCCGUCUAGUGGGGACCUUCCCUGCAGAGGGGAUCCUAGGAGGCAGAGCGUUGCCCUGGGCCCUCAUUGUCACUGCCAUCAGGAUGGGUCUUCCCAUCAGACCCGCCCGCCGCCCAUCAGAGAGGAGCCCCUAACGGGCGAGUCUGGCAGAAGACGGGAAGCAGUGGCCCGGGGCGCCUCUAUAAGCCAAUCAACAAAGGGCAGGUGA